GGUCUGAAGACCUGACAAAGCCAAGUCCUGCUCCCUGGCCACUCUCAGAAAGUCGAGGCUAAUCUGACACUGAGCCUAUUCUUUCAGACCACAGCACCAUGCCCAUGACCCUGGGUUACUGGGACAUCCGCGGGCUGGCCCAUGCCAUCCGCAUGCUCCUGGAGUACACAGACUCAAGCUAUGAGGAGAAGAGAUACACCAUGGGCGACGCUCCUGACUAUGACCAAAGCCAGUGGCUGAACGAGAAAUUCAAGCUGGGCCUGGACUUCCCCAAUCUGCCAUAUUUAAUUGAUGGAUCACACAUGAUCACCCAGAGCAACGCCAUCCUGCGCUAUCUUGCCCGCAAGCACAACCUGUGUGGGGAGACAGAAGAGGAGAGAAUUCGUGUAGAUAUUUUGGAGAAUCAACUUAUGGACAACCGCAUGGUGCUAGCCAGGCUUUGCUAUAACCCUGACUUUGAAAAGCUGAAGCCAGGGUACCUGGAGCAACUCCCAGAAAUGAUGAGGCUUUACUCUGAGUUCCUGGGCAAGCGGCCAUGGUUUGCAGGGGACAAGAUCACCUUUGUGGAUUUCAUUGCUUAUGAUGUUCUUGAGAGGAACCAAGUAUUCGAACCCAAGUGUUUGGAAGCAUUCCCAAACCUGAAGGACUUCAUAUUUCGCUUUGAGGGCCUGAAGAAGAUCUCAGACUACAUGAAGAGCAGUCGCUUCCUCCCAAGACCCGUGUUCUUAAAGAUAGCCAUCUGGGGCAACAAGUAGGGCCUUGGCAGGGUGGGAUUUAGGAUUAAGAUGCCAGAUGUCCUUGGUUUGCAGGGAGCCCUGGGGAGCAGCCAGGACCUCUGUAGCCCCAGAGCCACCGUUUCCUUCUCCCUUCUCUUCCAUCCCGUCCAGACCCCAAGUCCUAACCAGCUCUCUUUUUUGCUCAUUCAGUGCCUGCCCAACAUAGGUGCUUUAAAGCCCCAGCAACUCCUUUCCAUGAUCCAGGUACUCUUCUGCACUGCAGUGCCCCUCACAGGCCCCAAGGUACCCUUCUGCACUGCAGUGCCCCUCACAGGCCCCAAGGUACCCUUCUGCACUGCAGUGCCCCUCACAGGCCCCAAGGUACCCUUCUGCACUGCAGUGCCCCUCACAGGCCCCAAGGUACCCUUCUGCACUGCAGUGCCCCUCACAGGCCCCAAGGUACCCUUCUGCACUGCAGUGCCCCUCACAGGCCCCAAGGUACCCUUCUGCAGUGCAGUGCCCCUCACAGGCCCCAAGGUACCCUUCUGCACUGCAGUGCCCCUAUAGGCUCCAAGGUACCCUUCUACACUGCAGUGCCCCUCACAGGCUCCAAGGUACCCUUUUAUACUGCAGUGCCCCUCACAGGCUCCAAGGUACCCUUUUAUACUGCAGUGCCCCUACAGGCUCCAAGGUACCCUUCUGCACUGCAGUGCCCCUCACAGGCUCAUGUCUGUGGAUACUUGGUUCCCCACUGAUGGCCACUUUGGGCAAUUGUGGGUUCUCUGGCAGGUGGGGGGUCUAUCUGGAGAGAGUAGGUUGCUAGGAGCAUAGCCUUUGACCUUUGUGGCUAAGUCCUCUUCUGCUUGCUCUCUGUGUCCCGCUGAACGAGACACGAGCAAGUUGCGCUGUGACAGAAGCAUGUGUCACUACACCUGUGACUCAGGCCUGCUGCUCGCCUUCCCUGCCACUUUGAACUGUAUCUCCUGAACCAUGAACCAGAAUAAAUCGUUCUCCCCCUA